UCAUUUUUAUUUUUCUUUCUUUUUUUCUUCUUCUUCUUCCUCUCUCUCUCUGAAUCUCUCUCAGCGAAUAUCCUAACGUCUCUCCGUCAUCUUCUCAAGCUUUCCAUUAAUCUGUUUGACUGCUAAUAUAAUAAAACAUCUAUCAAGAAUCCUCGGCGAAGAUGGUAAAACGACACCGUUUUGUAAGGUAUUCGAACCAGACACAAAGCUCAUAAGCUUCUUGUCUUCUUGAUCUGUUUAUGAUAGCAAAAACGACAUCGUUUUGUAAGGUAUUCGAACAAAACACAAGCUUCUUCUUGUCUACAUGCUCUCAAGAUCCUGUGCUAACUUCCUCGACGUAUCAUCUUGAGACCUUCUAGACAUUCCUCCAACACCUCUCCCACGCGUCAUGACCAUUCCGGGAACAAUCUCCGGCGACCUAACUUCUUCUCCACGCGAGAGAAAGAUAAUCGUGGCCAACACGUUACCUCUCCAAUCCAAAAGAGACUUAGAAACUGGCAAAUGGUCUUUCUCAUGGGACGAAGACUCUCUCCAACUCCAACUCAAAGACGGUUUCCCUCCAGAAACAGAGUUCCUCUACAUCGGCUCACUAAACGCAGACGUUUCACCAAACGAACAAGAACAAGUCUCACAAACCCUUCUCACACAUUUCAACUCCGUCGCCACUUUCUUACCUAAAGACCUCCAAGAAAUGUAUUACCGAGGCUUCUGCAAACACCAGCUUUGGCCUCUGUUCCAUUACAUGCUCCCAAUGUUCCCUGACCACGGAGACCGUUUCGACAGAAAGCUAUGGCAAGCCUAUGUCUCAGCCAACAAGAUCUUCUCAGACAGGGUGAUGGAAGUUAUAAACCCUGAGGAUGAUUACGUGUGGAUUCAAGAUUACCAUCUCAUGGUUCUCCCCACUUUCUUGAGGAAACGUUUCAAUAGAAUCAAGCUUGGUUUCUUCCUCCAUAGUCCUUUCCCUUCCUCAGAGAUUUACAGGACGUUACCUGUCCGUGACGAGAUCUUGAGAGGGUUGCUGAACUGUGAUCUCAUUGGCUUCCACACGUUUGACUACGCGAGGCACUUCUUGUCUUGUUGUAGUAGAAUGCUUGGUCUUGAUUACCAGUCUAAGCGUGGACACAUUGGUCUUGACUACUUUGGGAGAACCGUGUUCAUCAAGAUACUUCCCGUUGGUGUCCACAUGGGGAGGUUAGAGUCUGUUCUCAACCUUCCUUCCGCUACGGCCAAGAUUCAAGAGAUUCAAGAAGAGUAUAAAGGGAAGAAGCUAAUUCUCGGCAUUGAUGAUAUGGACAUCUUCAAAGGCAUUAGCUUAAAGCUUUUAGCUAUGGAGAGUCUCUUUGAGACGUAUUGGCAUUUGAGAGGGAAAGUAGUUCUUGUUCAGAUAGUGAAUCCUGCGAGAACUUCAGGUAAAGAUGUGGAAGAAGCUAAGAGAGAGACUUACAUGACUGCUAAAAGGAUCAAUGAGCGUUACGGUGGUGCUGAUUAUAAACCUAUAGUGUUGAUAGACCGUCUUGUUCCACGUUAUGAGAAGAGUGCUUACUACGCUGCAGCGGAUUGUUGUCUUGUGAAUGCAGUGAGAGAUGGUAUGAACUUGGUUCCUUAUAAGUAUAUAGUCUGCAGGCAAGGAGCAGGCGCAGGCACAAGUACUCUCGUUGUCUCUGAGUUUAUUGGAUGCUCACCUUCUUUAAGCGGUGCUAUUAGAGUGAAUCCAUGGGAUGUAGAUGAUGUGGCUCAAGCGGUUAACUCUGCUCUUAAGAUGAGUGAAGCUGAGAAGCAGCUAAGGCAUGAGAAGCAUUAUAAUUAUAUUAGCACUCAUGAUGUUGGUUAUUGGGCUAAGAGCUUUAUGCAGGAUCUUGAGAGAGCUUGUAAGGAUCAUUACAGUAAGCGUUGUUGGGGGAUUGGGUUUGGUUUAGGGUUUAGAGUUUUGUCGUUGUCUCCUAGCUUUAGGAAGCUCUCUGUUGAACAUAUUGUUCCGGUUUAUAAAAAAGCACAGAGGAGAGCUAUCUUUCUUGAUUAUGAUGGUACUCUUGUCCCUGAAAGCUCCAUUACUCAAGAUCCAAGCGCUGAGGUUUUGUCUGUUCUGAAGGCUCUUUGUGAAGAUACUAAGAACACUGUGUUUAUUGUUAGUGGAAGAGGACCAGAGUCUCUGAGUAGUUGGUUAUCUCCUUGUGAGAAUCUUGGUAUAGCUGCUGAACAUGGAUACUUCAUAAGGUAUGUAUCUUGUCUUAUACUUUACAUGGAGGUUGUGAAUAUACUUACAGAGAACAUCUUUUGUGUUUGGGUGUUUAGGUGGAAUAGCAAGAAAGAGUGGGAGACUUGUUACUCGUCAACGGGUACAGAGUGGAAGGCAAUGGUGGAACCUGUUAUGAGAUCAUACAUGGAGGCAACAGAUGGGUCUAGUAUAGAGUUUAAAGAGAGUGCUUUAGUGUGGCAUCAUCAAGAUGCUGAUCCAGACUUUGGUUCUUGCCAAGCUAAGGAGCUUCUUGAUCAUCUAGAGAGUGUGCUCGCAAAUGAGCCUGUUGUUGUCAAGAGAGGUCAACACAUUGUUGAAGUAAAACCACAGGGUGUAAGCAAAGGUCUAGCUGCGGAGAAAGUAAUCCGUGGGAUGGUUGAACGUGGGGAGGCGCCAGAGAUGGUGAUAUGCAUAGGAGAUGAUAGGUCUGAUGAGGAUAUGUUUGAGGGUAUGUUGAGUACAGUGACCAAUCCAGAGCUUUUGAUUCAGCCAGAGGUUUUUGCUUGCACGGUUGGAAGAAAACCAAGUAAGGCUAAGUACUUUUUGGAUGAUGUAGCUGAUGUGCUUAAGCUACUAAAAGGUUUGGGAGACUCAUCAUUGAGCUUAAAGACCACAUCUCACACAGAAGUUGCAUUUGAAAGCAUCAUUUAAAAAAAUGGAAAGUGCCAAGAAUAACCAGAAUUUAAAUUUACUUUAACAUCAAAAUGUAAAAAAAGAAGAGGAGAAAUGGUAUUUAAUUUGCUUCUGAAGGAUUAUUGUUUCUUGUUUUAACUACGUUUUUUGGAUUAAAUUAGGAUUUGCAGUUUCUAUUUCUUUUUUUUUCUCUCUUUUUCUGUACAGAAUUAGAAACUACUUUCUUCUUUUUGUUGCUUGAAUUUAAUUCACUUGUGCUCUCACUGACUUCAAGAUGUAGUCAGAAACUGAAUGGUCUAAAUGGUGACUAAAUGAAUGAUAAGGAAUAAUCAAUUCUUCUUCAGUUUUAUUGUUUACAGCAUUUACAAGUAAUAUUUGUUCUUUGUUAAAU